AUGGAUGUGGAUGAGAUCCAAGUGGACUCUGAUGAUUCUCCAAUGGCCAAAGACAAUGAUUCCGCCAUGUCUGAAACUUCUGAUGUAGAGGUUGAAGACAGCGACGACGAUGCUGAGAUGAGAGACAGUACCGAUGGUGAUAUAAAUAUAGAUUCAAAGCCCAAAGUUCGCAAAGCUGAGGGCGUCAAGCAACGAAAGGCCGCUAAAGCAAACCAGAAAUCAACCUUUGACAAACAACGCAAAGAGCUCAAUUCUACUCGCGAAGCCGAUACUUUGAGACGGUACAAGUAUCUGAUUGGUCAGACUGAAGUAUUUGCACACUUUUUGAAUCUCAAGACAAAGGGCAUUGGUCUUGAGCCUUCUGAAGCGAAAGCCAAAGCAUCAUCAAAGGCAUCAUCCAAGUCUACCGACGCAUCUCACCGCCAUCGAAAGACUGAAAAGGAAGAGGAUGAAGAGUUGUUGCAGGGUGAUGAUGAGGACGUCAUGCAAGUUGUGUCUGUGUUUGAAGAGUCGCCGGCAUUCAUCCAAGGUGGCAUCAUGCGAGAUUAUCAACUGCAAGGUCUCAAUUGGCUCAUCUCGCUAUACGAGAAUGGUAUCAACGGUAUCCUCGCUGAUGAGAUGGGUCUCGGGAAAACGUUACAAACCAUCUCUCUUUUGGGCUACCUAAAGACUAUUCACGGUGUAGAAGGUCCGCAUUUAGUCGUAGUUCCCAAAACAACUCUUCAUAACUGGAUGAGCGAAUUCAAGAAAUGGUGCCCAGAGAUUGAUGCAUUCAUGUUUCAUGGAGACAAGGAGGGUCGAGCUGCUCUUGUCCAAGAUACUCUUCUUCCUGGGAAGUUUGGUGUUUGCGUAACAUCGUAUGAAAUGUGCUUACGUGAAAAGACCCACUUGAAGAAAUUCUCAUGGCAGUACAUUAUUAUCGAUGAAGCUCAUCGUAUCAAGAAUGAGAACUCUCUGUUAUCCCAAAUAGUACGAGAGUUUCCCUCUCGAAAUCGCCUCUUGAUUACCGGUACCCCUCUACAGAACAAUCUACAUGAGCUGUGGGCUCUCCUCAACUUUUUGCUUCCUGAUGUGUUCGAAAAGUCGGCAGACUUUGAUGCUUGGUUUGCCAAGCAAGGUGCUGACCAAGACAAGGUCGUAGCACAGCUUCAUAAAGUACUCCGUCCCUUCUUGCUUCGUCGAAUCAAGGCUGAUGUCGAGAAGAGCCUACUUCCAAAGAAACGUAUCAACUUGUAUGUUGGUAUGAGUUCUAUGCAACGACGUUGGUAUCAAAAGAUCCUGGAGAAGGAUAUUGAUGCCGUUAAUGGUGCAACUGGACGUGGUAGCAAGACACGAUUACAGAACAUUGUGAUGCAACUUCGCAAAUGUUGUAAUCACCCAUACCUGUUCGAUGGUGCUGAACCUGGACCACCAUACACGACAGAUCAGCACAUAGUUGAUAAUUCCGGUAAAAUGGCCAUUCUAGACAAACUGUUGGCUCGUAUGAAAUCAAAGGGAUCUCGAGUCUUGAUUUUCAGUCAAAUGAGUCGUGUUCUUGACAUCCUUGAGGAUUAUUGCUUCUGGCGUGGUUAUCAAUACUGUCGAAUCGAUGGUCAGACUGCACAUGAAGACCGUAUACGCAUGAUUGACGAUUACAAUGCUGAAGGAAGCGAAAAGUUCAUCUUUCUCUUGACAACUCGUGCUGGAGGUCUAGGUAUUAAUUUGGCCACAGCAGAUACUGUCGUCAUGUAUGACAAUGAUUGGAAUCCACAAGUUGACUUGCAAGCUGAAGAUCGAGCACACCGUAUUGGUCAAAAGAAACAAGUGGUGGUCUUUAGAUUCAUCACCGAAAACACUAUUGAUGAAAAAGUCAUUGAAAAAGCUACCCAAAAGCUUCGACUUGAUCAGCUAGUUAUACAGCAAGGUCGUGCUACAGUCAAACCUGGCAUGACUAAUGAAGAUUUGUUGUCUAUGAUUCAGCACGGUGCCGAAUCUAUAUUCAAGUCUGCUGAUAGUACUAUUGGCAAUGACGAUAUUGAAGAGAUUCUGAAGCGUGGUGAAGAGAAGACUGCUGAAUUGGAGGGUAAAUAUAAGGAUAUGGGAUUGGAUGAUUUACAAAAGUUCACCAUGGAGGCCAAGACUAUGGAAUGGGAGGGAGAAGAUUACGGAAAGCGUAAUGCUGUCAUCAACAAGACCUGGAUUGCACCAUCCAAGCGUCAAGCAAGGGCCAAAGAGUAUGAUGUAGAUGGUUAUUUCCGUCGUACUCUAGAGACUGGGGGCAAGAGACAUAUGCCAAAUCGACCCAAGACUGCUACAUCCAAAGUUGAAGACUAUAAAUUCUUCCCACGAGAAAUGGAAGACCUGCAAGAAAAAGAGACUCUGUUUGCCCAGAAAACUCAAGGCUUCAAAGUCCUCAGACGCACACCAGACGAAGGUGAAGUAAUAACGGAAGAAGAAUUGGAAAAAGAACGGGAAGAAGAGCAAGCCAAGGUUGAUGAAGCUGAAGAUUUAACUGAUGAAGAAAAGGUUCAAUUGGCUGAGCUCAAGAGUCAGGCUUUCAAUGAUUGGAAUCGAAGAGACUUCCAGUUGUUUACCAAAGCUAAUGAGAAGUAUGGUCGCAAGAACUUGGAAGCCAUUGCCAGAGAUAUCGAAGGCAAGACACUUGAACAAGUUACUGCGUAUGCCAAGACAUUCUGGGAGAGAUGUGAAGAACUCAUAGAAUGGGAACGUAUCAAAGGCAAUAUUGAGAAGGGCGAAGGGAAGAUCCAAAAGACUAUUGAGGUUCAACAAGCCUUGCGGGACAAGGUUGCAAGUUACCGCGAACCUUUACUUCAAAUGAAACUUCAAUAUGGUACUAGCAAGGGCAAGAACUUUAAUGAGGAGGAAGAUCGUUUCCUGGUCGUCAUGUUGGAACGAUUUGGAUACGGGACGGAUGAUGCAUACGAAAAGAUCAAACAAGAACUGAAGAAAUCUCCCAUGUUCCGAUUUGAUUGGUUUGUCAAAUCACGUACUGUUGCAGAAGUCCAACGUCGUUGUGGUAGUUUGAUUACCAUGAUUCAAAAGGAAUUAGACGAACCCAACAAGGCUGGUGGUGAUGCUAGUGCUCCUGCUGGUCCUACUGCUACAGCUGGUGAAGAAGAGGUCAAGGAAGAAAAGAAGGAUACAAAGGGGAAGCGAAAAGCUAAAGAGCCUGCAGCCCCACUUCCAGAUGUGGCUACUACUGCAACCAAGAAGCGCAAAAAGGCUUAG